GUUGCAGUUCAGUCAGUCGCCGCGUUGGUUUGUUCAUUUUUGCGAUGCAGUUUGUCUUAAAAUAUAACACAGCCGAUUGACCGUAUUCGACCGAGCUACGACUAGAAGUUGUUCAGUGUAAAUCGACAUUUGGGUGCCAAUUCUCGUGUCAAGUUUUACAACAAGUUUGAAGUGUGUUUUGCCUGUUCCUGUCUGCGCUGAAAGGUUUGCUUGCAAGGAGGUCGACUUCCGAGUUUUCACGUAUUGACGGCUGGUGCAAUCGAAUCGAACUCUUGAUGAAUACAGUUGCCUCAGGGACAGACCAGCGAGGCUUGUGGAACUGCAGUGUUGAUAAGACGCGUGCGAGAGCAUUUGAAAUCGUUCCACGAAGCUCCAUCCGACGUGGGGAGAAAACUUGUUGCAUUCUCCGAGCUUUCUGCCCUUGGAUGUGGUGAAAUCAGUGCAAUAGACCGACACACAGCUAGUCGGAUGCUCGCGGUUAAGUACUCUCUAGUAGAUCUUGGCCGUCGUCGUUGUCGUCUUCGUCACCGCGUCAACUAGCUAAUCUAAUAAGAGUGUCGUCGUGCAGUGCCAUCGUGUGUACUUCCUGGUCGAGUUACAGAGGAAAAAAAGUGCUCGUGACACUCGAAGAUCGGACCGUCAGUUCCGUGUACCCAGAGACCCCAUCAGCUUCAAGCGCGCGUCAAAGCCGCGUGAUUUGUGUGAUCAAUACGGUGUGGAGUACGCCAAGUGGUGCGCGCUACAAAGUAGUUGGCAAACCGCUUCCGAAAAUGCACAUCGCGAAAAAGGCAAAGCGAGAACGGCCGUAGCAAAGGGCCAGCCACCAGUACCGGUUACAACACUUCAUCCAUCCUGGUGUUCGAACCGUGGAAUAAGUGAACAAGCGAGUGGAGCUGCUCGUGCAGUUUGGUGACACUGAAAGGCCUUUUUCAUUGGAUGUGAUGUUCCAUUUUUGACACUUUGAAAGAAAGCUGCUGUUGGAACUGAACGGGGUGUAAUUUGAUUACAGAACUUGCCGUCAGCCGUCUCCAAUCCUAAUGCAUCCUUGCUUACGCUACGGUUUAAUUUCACGAACCUCUUAUUCUCAUUGAAAAGUGUGUUUAACGAUCUACGAAUAUUUCCAAACAUGUUAAGAUUAGCUUAAUUCCGCGCCACAUCCCUCCAUGUUGUCCACGUCCGGGUUGUUUUCAUCGCGGUUGUAAGGCUAGUGGUGCGUUGCGAUGUUUUCUGAGCACGUCGUCUCUGUGCUGUGUAUUGUGUGUAUUGUCUCGUUUGACCAUCCGAUAUCGACCGAACUGCCGCACUAGUUAGCAGGGCGGUGUACUCGAUAAUCCGACCUUCACCGGAGAUAGCGAAGCACUGACGCGCCCCACACAGACGAUUGUGACCCGGUCAACAUUCGUGGAAUCGAUCCUUUUUUUCUGGUAGGAGGAUUCCUUAGCGAGCGUAGAGAGCGCGUAACUGUUUUGGGUAGCUUGGGCAAGUUCGCCGCAUGGUUUCGCAAGAUACCUGGAUGGAGACGAUGUCAGAAUCGGGAUACGAAGGCCGGCCGGAUGGGGCCAGCGGUGCGUCCAGCAGUAACUCGCUGAACCCGCGGACGCCCCCGAACUGUGCCCGCUGCCGAAACCACGGGCUCAAGAUUGGCCUGAAGGGACACAAGCGGUACUGCAAGUAUCGCAGCUGCAACUGCGAGAAAUGCUGCCUGACGGCCGAACGGCAGCGGGUCAUGGCCCUGCAGACGGCCCUGCGGCGGGCCCAAACUCAGGACGAGCAACGGGCCCUCAACGAUGGCGAAGUGGCCCCCGAACCGGUACAUAACAUUCACAUACCCAAGCUAUCCGAACUGAAAGAGAUGAAACAUAAUUUGAUGCAUAAUUCUCAGCAGCAACGCUCGUUGAUCGACUGCGAUUCGUCGACCGGAUCGAUGAACUCCACACCGGGCACCUCGUCCAUGGCACUACCACUACAUCGAAGAUCACCGACGGGUCCGGUACAUCCCGGCGAGGCGCAACAUCUUGGAGCCAACCACGCCAGCGUAUCUCCCGAACCCGCCAACCUGUUACCAGUCCCUCCAAACAUCAGAGUACAUCACGGUCCAGAUUCUCGAUCAGACGAUGAACUGGUGAAACGAUCUCAGUAUCUGCUGGAGAAGCUCAACUACCCGUGGGAGAUGAUGCCCCUGAUGUACGUGAUACUGAAGGGUGCCGACGGGGACGUCCAAACGGCGCACCGGCGGAUCGACGAAGCUCAGGCAGUUCUUCACCGCAGAAUCGGACGGGACGACAUCGACGACGAGAACAUCUCGGUGACGGGCCGUACCAACUCGACGCCCCUUUCGCGGUGUAGCUCCCCAUACCGGUCGCGGUCCCGCUCUCCGCCCCAUCCCGACGAGGAAGGCGUUCUCAAUUUGGACACCAAGUCAGCGAAAAAUGCAGCAUCCAACGAUUCGUCGGCGUUCAACGACGUCAAUCCAAAGCCACCAAGCGAGCACCAGUCCCGGCUGGAGGAGGCGUACCAGAACAGUGUCGAACAGCACCACAGUGCCAAGUCCAAGAGUAAAAAGCACAGCGUAGCUGACGAUGCCGAACCAGUGUCGCAAAGGGCACCUCACGAAACAAACGGCUUCGAGAAGGGUCUGGAGCUGUUCAAAAAUAACAAAGCCAACAGAAGAAGCACGCACAAAGAUGACUCCGCGAUCGAAUCUUUCGCAGCUCGCGACAAACCAUUAUCCUUAUUUCCAAGGCAUCUACAUCUAGCGGAAAAUCUUGAGCUGCUCAAAACCCCACUCUCCCUACCGUCAGCGGCAAACUUCCCACUUCCGUUUUCAAUUCCCCUCACCAACAUGGAAGCGAUCCGGUCAUAUCCGCAGUUUUUCUAUCCCUACCAAACGCACUCCGGUAGUGAUGCUCCCCAUCCGCUGAUCUCCAGUCCCUUCAUGAACUACCCGCACCAUUCGCUGCUCUUCCCCGACAGCUACCGGAAGGAACUUCCUAAGUUCACAUGCCCCACGUCUCCGUCCAGAACGUCUUCUCCGCCGAAAGUGGGCGCCCAGCCUUUUGCGGGAUCGCGGGGUGAACCCGUGCUGCAGCCCAGUCAACCGUCCGUGGCACCGAUUCAUUAACUGCACAAUUGCUGAGGACCUGUGAGUUUGAGUUGCGAGUGAAAGGGCAGUACACGAUUGGUGAUCAUCCUCGACGGACAUUUCUUCCUAGGAAGAAAAACCGCUUUGACAUAGUGCUGGCGAAGAUGCCGCUAAGACAUCCAAAUCCAGCAUCAAUUUCAUCGUUUGGCUACUUCCAGUAAACCCCUCGAGUCCACGAGACUUAUUUCAAAAAUGCAAAUCACCAAAAUCAGUGAAGCUGUAAACACUCAAUUAUGAACUAUGUACAAAAGUUACACUUAAACUGUUAAAAAAUAUGAACACCCACACACGCGCACAUCCCAACCGUGGUUUGGGUUGCUUUCUGCGUGUGAUAUUGUUACGAAUUUCGAAUCCACCGGACCACCACACACGCUUACGAAUGGCAAAGGAGUGAGCAACAGCACCCACAAGAGUGUUAAUUAGGUUAUGUACAAUGAUUGGCGCUAGGAAAUGUUGUGUUGGCAUUAGGCGUCAUCCAUAAAGUACGUACGCUCUUAGGGGGGGAGGGGGGAGGGGGGUUACCGUAGGUGUGACAAGAUGUGACGAUGGGGGGGGGGGUUUCGAGACUGUGACAUCACGCUAGGUUUUUUUUAUGAUUGCAUAAUGUUAAUUCGAAUUGUACACAAUUAAAUUAAAUCCUCUUUUAUAGAAUUGUUUGCUUACUAUUAUUUAGAAGUAUCGCAUUAUAAUUGAUUAUACAGUCACAUUUUUUUAUUCAGCCUGAACUUCAAUAUUAAGCAAAUUCUUGUUCGAUAAAAAUCAAUGCUUUGAAAGCAGGGUGUUCAUAAGAAAACUGAUCUAAAUUGUUUGAACUUAUUAGAUACAAAGCUGUGAAAAAAAGUUUUCAAGAUUUCUUAAUACUUGAAUGUUAUACCAGAUCUUCUAUUUUUUAAAGAUACAAAACUGUUUUUUUAUAUCGCAAUGUUUAUUCUAAAAAAUAAUAAUUAGACAAUUGAUUUUUUUCAUAUCAAAAUUGGCAAAAAUACCAAAAUUAUCCCAUCGAAAACAAGGGGAGGGGGGACUGGCAAAAUGUGACGUACUUUUUGAGGGGGGUUCAACCUUGUGUGACAAAGUGUGACAUAGGGGGGAGGGGGGGUUAAUUUUGGCCGAUUUUUGCGUGACAUACUUUAUGGAUGACGCCUUAGAUUGAACUGUGAUAUUGUGAUAUCCACAAAGGAAAUGAGAUAAGCCUAAGAAACCGUUGAGUAAGCAGAAAAGAUUGUCGUUUUGAGAGAUUUUUUUUGUUUUGCUUGGUGAAGUUGGUUCCGUACAAAUUAAGAAAGAAAGAACACAACAUCAGUCAUUGUGAUCAUUGCUGGUAGAUCGACGAGAAAACCCACUGAAAAGAUAGUAAAGAAAGGUGUUAAUUUAUUGCGUUACGUACCUUACAUGGUUUUCAUCAUCCUAUUAUGUUUUAAUCUUCAGACUAUACUAUAUAACCUACAAGUUUGUUUUCUACAGUUUUGUUGGAAGAGAGACUACCUUUUAUUUUGUUUUGUUCAUCCUGCUUUUAUUUAAGUUUUCCUUAUCACCGGUGUUCACUUGUUAAAAACAUUAAAAGCCUUUUGAUUCAGUUUUAGGAGGCUGGCAGUAGGCGCUAUCUUUUAUUAACCCUAAAUUUUGUAAUUUAAUGUACAGUCAUGCAACACAGAAGAAAAAACGGUAGCAUGUAAUCUAGGAUCAACGUUAACAAUAGGUUAAUUGUAAAUUUUCAAAUACGCCAAGAUGAAACGUUUUAAGAAAAAACUCCCUGUUUUGAGCUCGCUUAAAAACGAACGAAAAAUGUCUCCCAUGGAUGAUGUUUUUAGCAAUUGAAAUGUGAUAUUCAUGUUGUAACUUUUUGUUGUUCUUGAACCUGCUGACAUUUGGCUUUCAAAAAGACCUCCAAAUUAUUCCAGAAAGUUCUGCUCACUACCGAGUAGCAACUUACGAGUUUAACUCAUCAUGCAAAUGGUGAUAUUUGAUUUGAAUCUGAACCAUUGAUCUCCUUGAUUUGGUAUUGAACAAAUUAGGGUUUUCCAUUGCCAAAAGUAAAUAUUUAAUCAAACGUUUCCAUUCUAAAAAACGAGUAAAAAGAAGCAACUCACUGUAACACCCUCCCUCACGCAACGUUCACGAACAAAUGCAAUUACAAAUCCACGUAAAGUUUUUGUAAUACCGUCAGUUGGAAUGAAGGCAGGCAAACCAUCAAUUCUCUCCUGGCUCUAAUUAGUAAAAAUGUUGUUCAUAAAUUAAAUUUAAAAAAAAAUCUUCGAUAUGAUUUCGUUGUGAUACCUGACUCACGUUCAGCCAAGAAAUUUUGUGCAGGAUUUAACACCAACCAAGAAGAAUUUGGAUUGGGAUAAGGUGACAAAUUUAUUAAAUUUAUUUUUGUUAUGUAAAAGCCAAGCAUAUAAUGUUAUGGUAUUCUUUCAACCCCACUGACGGUAUCACAGUCAUUGCGUGUCUGUAAAGCUGUAAAUAAAUAAAGCUCUGGUUUGCUCCGUCACUUCUCUACCCCUACCCCAUCAUCCUAGCUACGUUUUGUCUUAAAACUAAUGGUAAUCGAUCAGAAAUCGCAAAACCACCAUCCCGAUGGUUUUGUGAAAAAAGUAGAUUUAUUGUAAAAUAAAACGAAUAAUGGUGCAAAUCACAAAUACAGGAACGAAGUCGAGUAAACUCACACACACGCGGAGAAAACAGAAGUGAAAUAAACCAAGUUUAUAAAUGAUCACAGAAUUCACCGAAAUUUGUUUUCUUUCAUUUCAAGCAUAUUUAGGUACAAGUGUCGCUAAGAUAUUUAAAACCCAGAACGAACGUUGUCUCUUUUUUCUAGUUGGUAGGACUUUAAUUUCUUGUCUUUAAAUCGCUAAGGAACCUAAGAACGAUAACAUGAAAACAAAAAGGCGGAAUAACAGAGACGAAGAUGUUUCCGGUGGGAAACAUGCAGAGGAUGGCAAACAAUAGUGAUUGUUUCGUAAUUUUGUGAUGUAAAUCAGCCCAAAAGUGUAAAUUCAGAUUGAAGGGGUCAGAAAUAAAUUAUUGAAAUCAA